GUUAUGACGGAGACGGCGCGAGCGUUCUGACGUUAUUUAACCGGGUACUUUACGCAAAUGUGCUUAAGACACACUGACCACGACGGUAAUCAGUAAAAGGUUGCGUUUUUACCCGCCUGUAGUAAAGUUAUCACAGAUGUUUGGUGUUUCUUUCUGAUCCAGCACAGCCCUUUCUGACGGACACUUUGUAACAUGACAGUCACUGAAUAGAGACUGGAUUCCGACCCGUGCACCAUGUUUCCGCUGGACACACCGUGGAAUAUUUCCUUCGCAGGCUGUGGGUUUCUAGGGAUUUACCAUAUUGGAGUAGCGAGCUGUCUGCAGCAACAGGCGCCUUUCCUCACUGAUAACGCGCAGAACAUCUACGGAGCUUCCGCAGGAGCGCUCACUGCUACAGCGCUGGUUAGCGGCGCCUGUCUGGGAGAAGCGGGCGCAAGAAUCAUUGAUGUUGCAAAGGAAGCCAGGAAGCGUUUUUUAGGACCAAUGCAUCCUGCUUUUAACCUGGUGAAGAUCAUGCGGGAAAUGAUGUCCCGGGUACUUCCACAUGAUGCAUACAUCAAGGCCAAUGGCCGACUAGGCAUCUCUCUCACCCGCGUCACAGAUGGGGAGAAUGUGCUGUUGUCUCAAUUCAACAGCAAUGACGAACUGAUACAAGCAUGUGUGUGCAGUGCUUUUAUUCCUGUGUACUGUGGCCUUAUCCCUCCCAGCCUGCAGGGAGUGCGUUAUGUAGAUGGAGGAAUCACUAAUAAUUUGCCUCAGUACGAGCUGAAGAACACCAUUACAGUAUCUCCAUUCUCAGGGGAGAGUGAUAUCUGUCCCCGUGAUUACAGCUCCACCAACCUGCAUGAGCUCAGAUUUACCAACACAUCUAUACAGUUCACGCUCUGCAAUCUUUAUAGAGUCACCAGAGCGCUGUUUCCUCCGGAUCCACAAGUGCUGGAGACAAUGUGCAGGCAAGGAUACAAUGAUGCAAUGCAUUUCCUAAAGAAAAAUGGCUUGUUACAGUUCCAGUGUCCUCAGCACCCACUGAGUAACGGUCGCAUGAGGAUUGAGGAAGACACAGAGAACGAGAAUGUGAAUGAUCAAAGGCAUAGUGGAGACGAACAUAUAUUUGAGUACUUACCUCCACAGCUGCAUAGGGCUCUUACAGCAGCCUGUAAUGAAGGACCACAUCCCAUACAGUCUCUUCUAAGCAACAUGCUGCCAGUCAGGAUGCUGUCGGCCAUCUUAGUCCCAUGCACACUGCCGCUGGAGUCAGUUCUGUCAAUGAGUAUCAGGUUGUUGGAGUGGCUGCCUGAUGUCCAAGAAGAUGUAGGCUGGAUUAAAGAUCAGACUGUGAAGCUGAUGAAUUAUAUUCUACAACAUGCCAGCAGGAAUGUGUCCCAACAGCUGGUGGGAAGAUUGCUUUAUCAGAUGGAGUUGAGGCAUGCUCAGUCUGCACCAGCAGGUUUUAGUGCUGCCAGUCUGCUGCCAGGCUGGGUGUGUAGACGCAGCUCAUCUGUGCUGGAUGCUAUCCACCGUUUGGAGCAGUACCAGCAUCAGCUCCUGCCAGGCUUCUGCUUCCUCAACUUGAAUCUAUAUGGCUCCUUCACUGCUAGAUCUCCCCAAAGACCCCCUUCUCCAGCUAUCCAUGAAGACUUGGAUGAAGGUUUGACUAUGCGUCCCGUGGGGGCCAGUAAUGCUGCCUUGCUUCCAGAAAAUAAUCAAAUGGAGGACCUUCCCCUCUCAUAAUGUACUUUUUUAGCCAUGUGAUCAACAAGAGCCCCCGGCAUUCUGAGACAACAAACAAUAAUAUACUCAAUGCAAGAGAUAAAGCAGGAAAAAGCAUCAUAACAAUGGAGGUUAUUAAUAUCCUAAAAUGGUGUUUAAAGUAUGUCUUGGUUAUUUAUUUACUUAUUAACUCAUAAAGAUAAACUGGAUUUAUUUUGCUUUUAUGCGAUUCCCCAUUCUGUAACUUAAUUAUGUGUUUUGGGUGUCUGGAACGUAUAGGCAGCUUAAGGGCUUCUUUAUAUUUCUGACCUAAACAAGUCUUUAUUGGGAGGUGGCAUCAGUUUGUCCUAGGGCAGCAUGUACAUGUCGCAAAGAACAGGUCUCAGUGGUAUUGGUGAGGAAAGAUUUAAUAUUAUUAUUAUUAUUAUUAUUAUUAUUAUUAAAAUAAUGAAUUAUUUUUUAGGUGUUCUAAUAAGUUCUUGCAAGGUAAAUGCAUGUGUAGCUAUUUUUUGAAUGUAACUAUAAAGUGCAUUUUAUAUUAGAUUUUGCUUCACUUUCACAAUUUUCUGUAGUUCUUUUUUUGUUUCCAAGAAUCCAUGUUCGCCUCACACCUCCAGGGUUGGGGGUUCGAUUCCCGCCUCCACUUUGUGUGUGUGCGGAGUUUGCAUGUUCUCCCCGUGCCUCGGGGGUUUCCUCCAGGUACUCCGGUUUCCUCCCCGGUCCAAAGACAUGCAUGGUAGGUUGAUUGGCAUCUCUGGAAAAUUGUCCGUAGUGUGUGAUUACGUGAGUGAAUGAGAGUGUGUGUGCCCUGCGAUGGGUUGGCACUCCGUCCAGGGUGUAUCCUGCCUUGAUGCCCAAUGACGCCUGAGAUAGGCACAGGCUCCCCGUGACCCGAGGUAGUUCGGAUAAGCGGUAGAAAAUGAGUGAGUGAGAGUGAGUGAGAAUCCACCAUUGGCAUUGGCUUCCACUUAAGUGGUGUUGAAAUAGAGUAAGCUAGAGAUGUCAGAGAAAUGCAUGUGUUAAUAAUAAAAUGAUAGAGAGAGAGAGAGAGAGAGAGAGAGAGAGAGAGAGAGAGAGAGAGAGAGAGAACGGGAAUAUGAACCUUUGAAAUAAGCACAAUUAUUGUCCAGUGUAGA